GUAUUAAAGCUGUUAUUUUUUUUAAAUAUAAUAAAAUGAAAUAUAAUCCUGGUUGAUCACAUGGAUUAAUUGGCCGUAUGUGUGUGCUGGAUUUUGUAUAUUGGAUUUUUUUAGUGCUCUCAUCAGGCAAUUAAGACUAGAAGGUCACACAAAAUCUCUUGUUAAUCUGGGUUUUCAGCACUCAGGUAGCAUGUACGAAAUCCAUUAUUUGACAGUGCACACACAACCACACACACACCCACACACACUUACACAGAAAGCCCCACCUACUGCAGCUUUGACGUGUUCUCUACAGGACGUCAUCAUGUGACUUCAACUCAUAACAUCACUCCUCUGUGGGGUUUGGAAUUUGGUGAGUAAUUGGUUUCUCCUUCAGUCCUCUUCCAUGACAAACCGGAACGUACCACCUCCACUGCGUGCCAGCCAAAUGUGCGAGGGAACGGUUCGACUCCGAGACGCCUCUGCACUACCUGACGGUGCCGUGUAUGGACAGCUUCCUCCCAAAUGAAGUUGAUUGGGAGGUGAGUGGGCUCAGCUGUCCCUGAUGAGAUGCCUCCAGCUGGGUCCCUCUUCUUCAACUCCACCCUGCGUCUAUGCAGCCUCAGACUUCUUCCGUUGUUCACUCUGAGAUAUUGUCUCCAAGGACAAGUUUGUAACAUUACGAUGAAGCCACAAUGGACGUCUUUAAUUCCGUAGACUUCACCUUCACAUAGCGACGCCGGUGGGUUCAUUGAUUAUCGGUUCAUCGCACCAUCAAUUUCAGUCUCCAGCACUCAUACAUGAGUGUGAGAAUCUGCCCUGAGGACAUCACUACCAGCUAGUGACCAGACGGUAGAAGUGCAGCUGUUUAAGGAUGGGGGCUCCAGCAGGACCACUGAUGGGUGUCUUCAGCUCUACCACUGCCUCUGUGGACAUCAGUGGCUGGAUGACCUGGCCUGGGAACACCACUAUAAGCCUAAACCAGAGCUUGCUCUGGACCGACCCCAGCACCAACCUGUCCUCCACCUCGUCUUCCAGUCAGGGCAUAGCCAGGCAAGCCAUCAAAGAGAAGAACUGGCCAGCACUUCUUAUACUCAUCAUCAUCCUGCUUACCAUAGGAGGGAACAUUCUCGUUAUUAUGGCCGUGUCGCUGGAGAAGAAGCUGCAGAACGCAACUAAUUUCUUCCUGCGGUCUUUGGCUGUAGCAGACAUGUUGGUGGGCAUCCUAGUAAUGCCCAUCUCCCUCAUCAACAUCCUGUAUGACUAUGCGUGGCCGCUUCCUGAAGCUCUGUGCCCGAUCUGGAUCUACCUGGAUGUGCUUUUCUCCACGGCCUCCAUCAUGCACCUGUGUGCCAUCUCUCUGGACCGCUACGUGGCUAUCUGCAACCCCAUCCAACACAGCCGCUUCAACUCCCGCACCAAAGCCAUGCUGAAAAUCGCCGCCGUCUGGACCAUCUCUAUAGGUAUCUCUACGCCUAUUCCUGUGAUCGGGCUCCGCAACACAGAUAAAGUCUUUGUAAACGGAAGCUGUAUGUUGAACGAGGAGCGCUUCGUGUUGGUCGGCUCCUUCGUCGCUUUCUUCAUUCCUCUUGUCAUCAUGGUGGUCACAUACUGUUUAACGGUCCAAGCCCUUCAGCGUCAAGCCUCUGUCUUCCUGUAUGAGGCUAAAGCCUCUUCCCAGCAGCCCUUGCAGCCAUCAGCCGCAUCCUCGUCUCAGCUGGCUCCGCCCCCUGUCCCCUCCCGUCGUAGCAGCCUGAACUGUCUACGGAUGGGGAAUUCGCUGAGCCCAUCGACACCCGACAGCAUUUCCAUGGUGGCUGGCUCAGAGGCACCGUCUCAGCUCAGCUCUCCGGCUGUAUCCCACGGCCGUCGUGGCAUGAUGCAGGCCAUCAAAAACGAGCGGCGGGCCUCCAAGGUCCUGGGUGUUGUGUUCUUCCUCUUCCUGCUCAUGUGGUGCCCAUUCUUCAUCACUAACGUGUUGUCUGUGCUGUGUCGUGGCGCAUGCAAUGAUCCCCUGCUCUCUGACCUGCUUAACGUAUUUGUGUGGGUGGGCUACAUCUCCUCGGGUGUGAACCCUCUGGUGUACACUCUCUUCAAUAAGACCUACAGGCGUGCCUUCUCCAGCUAUAUGCGCUGCCGGUACAGCGGAGUCCGACUCAAGCCUGUGGCCAUUCAUGUUCCAUGCCCAUCUCAAGCCGCCGUCACGCCGCUUCUAAUUUGCGUAGACGUUGACCGGAACAGUAACUGCCGCAAUGGAGACGGUAACACAAUUCAGAAACUGGAGCUGCCUGACAUUGACACUCAUCUUGGGAUAGAGAUGCAAACAGGAGUGUCGGCGCUAUCCGUCAACAGCUGCCAUACUCUGGCAGAGCACACCAGCAGUGUUUGAUUCACUAUGACUGAGCUGUCUGCUGUAGCAUGGCCACCAGGAUCAUCUCUGUGUGUCUGUGUUCUCCUUUUUUUUACUCAAGGAAGCGCCACCCCAAUGGAACCCGCACCAGCACCGGGGCUGGCGGUCACCACACUGUAGAAUGUAUGCUGGUGGAGCACGAGGGGGAUCAUUUACAGCAUCAGGGACUAACCUGGUUCACAUGCAUUAAGACAAUCCAGGACACUGUGUGGGAGUUUUAAAAAAACAAUCUAUAUGAUGAUGUGUUUGAACAGGUUCAGAUAUCUGAAUGCCAUAAAGUGUUGCAUGGCUUAAUCUAGUUUUUCAAUAAAACAAUAUAGAACAGUGAGAAUAAGCAACGUGGCUUCCAAAGAGAGAGCUCCAGCUCCCUCAUGUGGUUCUUUACAAAAAUGACAGAUGGCGUCUGAGAUGCGAGAAUAAGGAGGCUGACCUACAUUCACCACCCCCCCCCAAAAAAAAACAAAAAAAAACUAUCAGGCGUUAAAUUAUCUACACCAAGUCCAUCAAAGCUUGGGAAUAAAUGAUGUUUUCAUUACAUACAUGACAUAUGUUUGUAUCCAUAUACCUUUCAAUCAUUGGUGGGUAACAGCCUAGGACUAUCUAUGCAUAAUAAUCAAUGCAUUUUGGAAAAGCAGGAUCUGGAGCGUUUUAUUUCACAUAAUAACCCGGCAGAGUAGAAGUGAAAAGGCCUAAAGAAGUCCUGAGAUGGUCUCAUAACCCACAAACCCACCUGUAAUUGUGUAUCCUUGGCAAAUCUGUAGAAUGGAAUGCAGUUCAAAUCUUAAAGAUCAUUUCUAAUCAAAGCAUGCAGUGUGUUGGCUAUCUACAGUACGGCAUCAGAGCUGUGCUUCAAGUCAUAAUGUCAAAGGUUUGAGACGUGGUUUAGAUGUACGUAGAAAAAAAAACGUUACACUGUCAAAGGUUACUUCCUGAAUCAAUGCAAGAAUAGUUGGAGAAUUCUCUCUGAUUGUCAGUUUUCUAGUGGUGUUAGCAAUGAAGUGCAAACACUCAGCAGAACUACACCGAAUGCAUGACCAGAAACGUGAUUUCUGCUGUAGGGUGAUGAAAAGCCACAUCUCAAACAGCGAAACCUAAUCUGUCAGAUCCAAACCAUGUGUUCAGAGGAGCUAUAGUCGUGUGUUGUUGUGUAAAAAUGCUGUAAAUGCUUGUUGUUUUGUGAGUGUGUAGAAUUUUAGUACUCAGUAUAUAUUAAAGACCCUUCAUUCAAACUGCCAUUUUAUACCAAAACCUGUGAAUGUUUGUUCAAAUCACUUCUCAAUCAUUUACACAACCUUUUUUUGUGAUGCUGCUAUUUAUUUAAUAA